AUGAAGGCCUACGUCCAGGUCCUCACCACGCCAACGGCGGACACGCCUGGCACUACGUUCCUUCUCCAUUUCGACAACAAGCGCUACCUGUUUGGCAGCUUGGGUGAGGGCACACAGCGGGCGAUGAACCAGAUGGGCGCACGCCUGCUCAAGACGCAGGAAAUUUUCAUCACCGGCCGCAGCGAGUGGCGCAACACCGGCGGCCUGAUGGGUAUGAUGCUGACCUUGUCUGACGUGCUGGCAGCGUCCAAUGUGGAUAAGCAAGAAAGGGGCCUCGACGCCACCCCGAAGAUAUUAUCCAUGUUUGGUCCGCCAAACUUGAACCACACUAUCGCUGCUUGCCGAAGAUUCAUCUUCAGGAAGGGCAUGCCCAUAAAUGCGGUCGAUAUCAAGGACGAAGAAGUCAAAAAGGACGAGAAUGGCACUCCUGUCCCGCUGUUUGUUGAUUCCAACACCAACGUCUGGGCCAUGUCCAUCACUCCCACCGACGCGGAGCGCCCCGAACGGCCCUCGGCGGCCUCCAAGUCGAGGAAGCGGAGCUACGAUGAAGUCAACGGCCCCGAGCCGGCAGCGGAUACACCCAAGGAAACUCCGGAGGAGACGGCUGCGAGGCACGAGCAGCUCACUCGGUCGGUCGUCAACGACAUGUUCAACUCGAACUGGCGCUUGGAUGCUCUCCACCAGAAGCCCUUGUCCGAAGUGAAGCUCCCGGCGACAGUCUUCCGCAGGAAUUCGUUGACCAAGGCAAUCGAGAAGUACAAUGGCCCCAUCCCCAAUCCUACAAAUCCGGAUCUUCAGGUGCUCGUCAGAGAGCCAUGGCCCGCGGUGAAGGUCUCGGCUCUCCCGCCUACCAAGCCUGCGCCGCAGGCCGUCUCGUACAUCAUCCGCAACCAUCCUCAAACGGGCAAGUUCGAUGUUCGGAAUGCAAUCAAACAUGACGUCCCCAAAGGUAAACUAUGGUCCAAGCUCCAGGCUGGGGAGCCUGUUCAGAAUGUGCGAGGCGAGACUAUUACCCCCGACAUGAUUCUCGACCCUCCGCGGAGAGGCCGAGGAGUUGCCAUUGUGGACCUUCCUACGUCAUCGUAUGUAGAGCCUUUGAUUCAACGGGAAGAAUGGACCCACGGAGAAAUCAUGGAUGGCGUUGGGGCAUUCCUGUGGAUUCUCGGUCCCGGCGUGGCUGCCAAUCCCGCACUGAAGAAGUUCAUGGCGGAUAGAGCCCACUUGGAGCACAUCGUUUCCUCGGUUGAUGUUCUGCCAAAUCGGAUCAGCUUCGACAGCGUCAGUGGAGCCACUCUGCGCCUUGGGAGAGUGGACGAGAAGAGAUACGGUGCGCCUCACUAUGAUGAUGAUGUGUUGCCUCAGGAGAGGUUUGUUGCGUACAAAUCUCAAAAAGAGGAACUGCCUGAAUUCGCCACGCCGGCAGAACGAGGCCUCAAGCUGUCUCUGGAGCCUCAGUUCGAACUGCAGAAAACAUCAGCUCUUCCGCGUUUCGACCCGAAGACAUCUGCCGAGGUUCCGGAGGAGGUCCUCGCCAUCGCAAAAACAGUCAAGGAGAGUGUGGAGAGCUCAUCGGAGCAGUUCGAUCAGUGGCGCCGUAAGAUACCACUGCCCGAAGCCGAGAUCAUUGCUCUGGGUACCGGCUCAGCGUUGCCUUCCAAAUACCGCAACGUGUCGGCCACUUUGGUCCGCGUCCCAGGCUAUGGCUCGUAUCUGCUUGACGCCGGCGAGAAUACGCUCGGCCAGCUCCAGCGUGUGUUCAAGCCCGCCGAACUCGCCGAGAUCCUCAAGGAACUCCGCGUGAUCUGGUUGAGCCACAUGCACGCGGACCACAUCCUAGGAAUCGUUUCCGUGAUCAAAGCAUGGUACGAAGUCGUGCACGGCUGCCAGCCGACGAGCGAGACGGCGUUUGAGGCCAUGGCCGCGAUCAAAAACGACCCCAGCCUGGCGUCGGAGAAGAAGCGGCUGGCCGUGAUCGCGGACCUCAACAUGGUCAACUGGCUGGCCGAGUACGCCGCGGUGGAGGACUACGGCUACAGCCGCCUCUUCCCGCUGGCCGCCGGCUCCAAGAACCCGUGGGCCAAGCCCGACGAGCUCAACGAGCUCCCCAUGCUCCGGCUGCAGGCGCCGCCGCCGCUCGCCCCCGAGGCCGAGCUCAUCGCGCCGGUCCCCAUCCCGCGCGCGCUCUACCCCCAGCUCCUCGGCCUGCAGGACCUCGAGGCCGUCCACGUCGUCCACUGCUACGGCGCCCGCGCCGUCUCCCUCACCUGGCCCGACGCCACGCGCCUCGACCCGGCCGACCCGGCCAGCAAGCCGUUCAAGGUCAGCUACAGCGGCGACUGCCGCCCCUGCCCCAACUUUGCGCGCAUCGGCCGCCACUCGACCGUCCUCAUCCACGAGGCCACGUUCGAGGACGGCCUCGAGGGCAACGCCGUCGCGAAGAAGCACAGCACCACGUCCGAGGCGCUCGCCAUCGGCGCCCGCAUGCGCGCCCGGAUGACGCUGCUCACCCACUUCAGCCAGCGCUACCAGAAGCUGCCCGUCGUCGAGCGCGAACAGCCGGCGGCGGAGAAUGGAGAUGACAACGCCGUCGACAAAAUGGACAUUGACGACAACGACGGCGUCGUCGACGACGUGGACGCCAUACGCGAGGAGGACGAAGAAGAAGACGAGGCGCUGCUACAGCAGCAGCAGCAGCAGAUGCAGCAACAGCAACAGCAACAGCAACAGCAGGCCGUCGAACCGGACGAGAACGAGCCGCUGGACGACCCGGACGGCCCGCCCAAACCGAUCGCGCCGGAGCUGCUCAAGACAGAGGACAGCGGCGAGCCGUUGGCGACGCGCAUCCGGUCGAGGAGCGACAUGCGCGUCGGCGUGGCGUCGGACUACAUGCGCGUCAAGGUGGGCGAGUUUGCGGAGCUGGAGAGGUACGUCCCGGCGCUGCAGGCGCUGUUGGCGGAGGAGGAGAAGUUGGAGGAAAAGGGCGUUGAGGGCGGCGGCGGCGAUGAGGUGGCGGCCGAGGCGGGGGAUGAGGCGCGGGGUGGUGGUGGUGGUGGUGAUGGUGGUGGUGGUGCUAAGGGGAAGAAUAAGGAGAAGAAGGAGAAGAGGAAGAAGGAGAAGAAGCAGAAGGAGAAGGAGGAGAAGAAGCAGAAGGAGAAGGAGGAGAAGGAGCAGAAGGAGAAGGAGGAGAAGAAGGAGAAGGGGGAUGGUCAGCAGCAGCAGCAGGGCGAGUAG